GACAAUUUGGCUGAAGGUCCUCCUCCGAACGGCGGGUUGUCGUUUUGCAUCUCAAGAGUUGGUGCGAAGUCGUUUCUCUAAAUGAAACGAUCCAUUUGAAAUCAGAAUCAUCUCAUUUCAGACACGGCUUUGAGACAGUAACUGCUGUGCAGCUCAGAAAGAACCUAGUGGAGCCUUCUGAGAAGGAGCCAUGUUUCUGUACAACAUCACCCUACAGCGUGCCACUGGCAUCAGCCAUGCCAUCCAUGGAAAUUUCUCUGGAACCAAGAUGCAGGAAAUUGUUGUUUCCAGGGGAAAGAUCUUGGAAUUAUUGAGACCAGAUGCCAACACAGGAAAGGUUCACACUCUACUUACAGUGGAGGUAUUUGGGAUCAUCAGAUCACUGAUGGCUUUCAGACUUACCGGAGGAACCAAAGAUUACAUUGUUGUGGGAAGUGACAGUGGCCGCAUUGUAAUCCUGGAAUAUUUUCCAUCAAAAAACAUGUUUGAGAAGAUCCACCAGGAAACAUUUGGGAAGAGUGGCUGCAGACGUAUUGUUCCUGGACAGUUUCUUGCAAUUGACCCAAAAGGCAGAGCUGUCAUGAUAGGAGCAAUCGAGAAACAAAAGUUGGUUUAUAUUCUGAACAGAGAUGCAGCUGCGAGACUGACCAUCUCAUCACCUUUGGAAGCACAUAAGGCAAACACACUGGUCUACCAUGUAGUGGGAGUGGAUGUAGGCUUUGAAAAUCCCAUGUUUGCUUGCCUUGAAAUGGACUAUGAGGAAGCUGACAAUGACCCAACAGGAGAAGCUGCUGCUAAUACGCAACAGACACUUACCUUUUAUGAGUUGGAUCUCGGCUUGAAUCACGUCGUUCGGAAGUACAGUGAGGCUUUGGAAGAACAUGGAAAUUUCCUCAUUACUGUUCCUGGAGGUUCAGAUGGCCCCAGCGGAGUGCUGAUCUGCUCUGAAAACUACAUCACUUACAAGAACUUUGGAGACCAACCUGACAUUCGCUGUCCAAUCCCACGACGCAGGAAUGAUCUGGAUGACCCAGAGCGUGGAAUGAUAUUUGUCUGCUCAGCCACCCACAAGACAAAGUCCAUGUUCUUCUUCCUUGCCCAGACUGAACAGGGAGACAUCUUUAAGGUUACUCUAGAAACAGAUGAGGAAAUGGUCACAGAAAUCAGGCUGAAAUACUUUGACACAAUCCCUGUUGCAACAGCCAUGUGUGUUCUGAAGACCGGAUUCUUGUUUGUUGCUUCUGAGUUUGGAAACCAUUAUCUUUACCAAAUUGCCCAUUUGGGUGAUGAUGAUGAUGAACCUGAGUUCUCAUCUGCAAUGCCAUUGGAAGAGGGAGACACUUUUUUCUUCCAACCCAGACCCCUUAAAAACCUUGUGCUGGUGGAUGAGCAGGAGAACCUGUCUCCCAUCAUGUCCUGUCAGAUAGCAGAUUUGGCUAAUGAAGACACGCCUCAGCUGUAUGUGUCAUGUGGUCGAGGACCAAGGUCUACACUGAGGGUGCUUAGACAUGGAUUGGAGGUUUCAGAGAUGGCUGUGUCUGAGUUGCCCGGUAACCCCAAUGCUGUUUGGACAGUUCGCAGACAUGUGGAAGAUGAAUUUGAUGCAUACAUCAUUGUGUCAUUCGUCAAUGCUACUUUGGUUCUGUCCAUUGGAGAGACUGUAGAAGAAGUGACAGAUUCUGGAUUUCUUGGAACCACGCCCACUCUUUCUUGCUCACUGCUUGGUGAAGAUGCUCUGGUACAGGUGUAUCCAGAUGGUAUCCGCCAUAUCAGAGCAGACAAGCGUGUGAAUGAGUGGAAGACUCCUGGCAAGAAAACCAUUGUCCGCUGUGCUGUGAACCAGCGGCAAGUGGUAAUUGCUCUUACUGGAGGGGAGCUGGUCUACUUUGAAAUGGACCCGUCGGGCCAACUAAAUGAAUACACAGAACGGAAGGAGAUGUCUGCAGAUGUGGUGUGCAUGAGUCUGGCUAAUGUUCCACCUGGUGAACAACGAUCACGUUUCCUGGCUGUGGGCUUGGUUGACAACACUGUUCGAAUUAUUUCUCUGGAUCCAUCGGACUGCUUGCAGCCGUUGAGUAUGCAGGCUCUACCAGCCCAGCCAGAGAGUCUGUGUAUUGUAGAAAUGGGAGGUGUGGAGAAACAGGAUGAACUCGGAGAAAAGGGAACCAUUGGUUUCCUUUACCUCAACAUAGGCCUUCAGAAUGGUGUGCUGCUGAGGACUGUUCUGGACCCAGUGACCGGUGACUUGUCAGACACCAGAACACGUUACCUGGGAUCUCGGCCUGUCAAACUUUUCAGAGUUAGGAUGCAGGGACAGGAAGCUGUGUUGGCAAUGUCAAGUCGUUCCUGGCUCAGCUACUCGUACCAGUCUCGCUUCCACCUGACGCCUCUGUCUUACGAGACUCUAGAGUAUGCUUCUGGUUUUGCCUCUGAGCAAUGCCCAGAAGGCAUUGUGGCCAUCUCCACCAACACGCUAAGAAUCUUGGCGUUGGAGAAGUUGGGUGCUGUCUUCAAUCAGGUGGCUUUUCCUUUGCAGUACACACCCAGAAAAUUUGUAAUCCACUCAGAGACCAACAACCUAAUUUUGAUUGAGACUGACCACAACGCAUACACUGAGGCGACCAAAGCUCAGAGAAAGCAGCAGAUGGCUGAGGAAAUGGUGGAGGCUGCUGGUGAGGAUGAAAGAGAACUGGCUGCUGAGAUGGCUGCUGCUUUUCUUAAUGAGAAUUUGCCAGAAGCCAUUUUUGGUUCACCAAAAGCUGGAGCAGGACAGUGGGCCUCAUUGGUGCGUCUGGUCAACCCCAUACAGGGUGCAACACUGGAUCAAGUGCAACUGGAACAGAAUGAAGCUGCAUUUAGUGUUGCAGUGUGUCACUUCACCAAUACGGGAGAUGAUUGGUUUGUUCUGGUGGGUGUGGCCAGAGACAUGAUUCUCAAUCCCAGAUCUGUCAGUGGUGGUUUUAUCUACACAUAUCGGCUAAUCGAGGGUGGAGAGAAGCUGGAGUUUGUGCACAAGACACCAGUUGAAGACGUGCCAUUGGCCAUUGCUCCAUUCCAAGGACGUGUCCUGGUGGGAGUUGGGAAACUUCUACGAAUAUACGACCUUGGUAAAAAGAAGCUGCUGCGCAAGUGUGAGAACAAGCACAUUCCUAACCUGGUGACUGGCAUUCAUACCAUUGGCCAGCGCGUGAUCGUGUCUGAUGUUCAGGAGAGUCUGUUCUGGGUUCGUUACAGACGCAACGAAAAUCAGCUAAUCAUUUUUGCUGAUGACACGUAUCCCCGCUGGGUGACAUGCACAUGCCUUUUGGACUAUGACACCAUGGCCACUGCUGACAAGUUUGGAAAUAUUAGCAUUGUGCGUCUUCCCCCCAACACCAGUGAUGACGUUGAUGAGGACCCCACAGGAAACAAGGCUUUAUGGGACAGAGGUCUCCUUAAUGGGGCAUCACAAAAGGCUGAUGUGAUAAUGAACUACCAUGUGGGAGAGACUGUGUUAUCACUCCAGAAGACCACUUUGAUCCCUGGAGGUUCAGAGUCCCUGGUUUACACCACCCUGUCUGGAGGCAUUGGCAUACUCGUCCCAUUCACUUCACAUGAGGAUCAUGAUUUUUUUCAGCAUUUGGAGAUGCACAUGAGAUCAGAGUUCCCUCCACUGUGUGGCAGAGACCAUUUGAGUUUUAGAUCGUACUACUUCCCUGUCAAGAAUGUGAUUGAUGGUGAUCUGUGUGAGCAGUUUAACAGCAUGGACCCUCACAAACAGAAGAGUGUGGCAGAGGAGUUGGACAGAACACCACCUGAAGUCUCUAAGAAACUAGAGGACAUUCGCACUCGCUACGCUUUCUAAUCAUCACAUUCUCACAUGUCAAUGGACACGCAUGGAUUACCGCAAAAGAACCCACAUCCACCUGCAAUCAGUUUUGUUUUUUCCCCAGCAGUCACACGUAUUGACUCAGUUAGGAAACAUUUUGUGACUAUUUCUCGUGUAUGUGAUGUCCUCAGCAGGAACCACACCAAGGUGAAGUGUUAGUAAGAACUACACUCAGACUUCCUGCCCUUUUUAUUUCUAACACACACUCAGAGGUACAGAUGUGGGUACAAACUUCAUUCACUAAGCUACAAACUGAGCUCCAGUCAUCUGGUGUCUGUGGGCAGGUGGUUCUUCAGCGAUGGAAAUACUUGGAGAAGAAAAGCUUCCGUUUCCUGCUGAUGACAUUAUUUAAUGAUAUCGUUGGUACCUGCACCACCAUUGGCCUGAAUGCAUGUUAUACUUUUGAUUUUGCUGAAAUAAAUUUUGUAUGGUGUGAUUAUUUUAA